CCCUAGAACUGAAGAAGCUUCUUAGGUGAGAGGUGAAACGUCUUCAAGCAACUUAAAAAAGUCCAGACACUUUUCUUUCCAAGCUCCUUAGUUUAUCCUUAUUACUAUUAUUAUGUGUGCUAGUUUAUAUUGUAUAUAUCUUUUAAUGAACCGUCUUUUUAAUUUAAUAGCUGAAGAACCAGUAAGAUGUGUCAUUCUUGAGAAGAAGCUGGAAAACUGCAGCAUGUGAUGAUGCACGGAUCAGUUUGUUUCUCAUCUCACACUCUUAAAGUGAUCCUUAUUAUUUUGGGAGAAGCAAUUAAGAUCAAAUGUCUCUAACGUUCAUUUCCUCCUGUUCAUGUUAUUAUGAAUAUAAAUGUUCAGAAGUGAACACGGUUUGCUUGGAGCACCGUGUAACAGGAGCUUACAUGGAAGUGGACCCAAGUGCAGACAUCAAACGGAAACCGCGAUAAAGUUUAACAGGCUCACUAGGCUCACUCGGAUCAUGACGCACGGGUGCCAAGAAGAUAAAAAUUAACGAAAAAGUUCAGAGGAGGUGUGUCUUCCAUGAGUUUAACUAACGACUUAUGUUGUAUUUGUCUUGAACUGAAAGGAAAUGAAAUAAAAACAUCAAACACCGGGUUUUAUUCUAGGAGCUUUUCUAGUUGGACACUUUCAGUUUCAUUUCUUUCGAAAGUGGUGCCAAAGUUGGAAUUUGUGUCCUCGCGCUCCGGGAGCGCGCAUUGGGCAGGGAGCGCGGACCCAAACGUUUUCUUUUGUGAGAAAAGUCGUUACAUUACCGUUCAGUUUGCAGGUUACAACAGAAAAUUGUACAUUUAUCAUUCUCACGUGUAUGGAAGCCCUUUUCCGCCACUGAAAAAAAAACAAAACAAGUAUCCAUAACUCGAAAUUUCGACUUAUUUUCUUGAAAUUUCGACUUAUUAACUCCAAAGUUCGACUUAUUAACUCGAAAUUUUGAGAAACGGGCUUCCAUACACGUGGUAUCGACGGGAUGGGACGUUUUGUCUGAUAAGAGGAUUAUCCCCUCCAUGUAAACUCGAUUCAUAUAAACUUUAACACUCAAUAUACCACAUCCUCAACAAGUAAACGGCUUCGCGUUCGUUUCCAGACGUCCUAGAAAUACUAUGCUCUGAUUGUUGCACCAAAGUUGUUUCUGCUGGGUACAAAAAUGCACCUUUCUAAGAGCACCAAUGAAAACAAUUGUGUGUUUUAUUCUUCUAAAAUACUUCUGUAGCUAAAACACAAUAAUAACUUUAUUGUAUAUUUACUGUAUAUUUAAGAUUAUAUUAGAUUAUAAUUAGUUAAUGCGAUUGAUCAUAGUCUUUUUAAGUCUUUCUGCCCCAGUCUUGCACAGGGUCGGCCCACAGCCUUCCCCUAUUUGGGCAGAACAGAUUCUAUCAGAUCAGUUCACUUGUUGAGAACGUGCUGAGUGUUAAAGUUUUUAUGACACACAGACGUGAUUGUCCUCUUAUCAGGCUAAACGUCCUCGUCUGCGCUCCGUGCCCAGUGCGCGCUCCCGACGCACGGGUAACAAACUCUGCCGGUGUUUGGCACAACACCUGGAAUAACUACCUUGGCACACCUGUUUGUAUUCCUCCAUGCGUUUACAGCAAGGACCGCGAUCCCUGCUCACAUUCCCUCGUCCGCCUGGAACAGGAGAUUCAGUCACUUUCUUUACUGUGCUCAAACAAGCAAGAGUCCAAAAUGAACCCCAGACUAACACAAAGCCAGCAGAGAACAAUCUGCGCUCAGCUGGGAAGAGUCAAACUUAAGCUGCUGUACAAGGCCAGCAUCCACGGCUUCACUGGUGCGGCGUUUCACCAACGAUGUGACAACCGCUCUCCCACUGUGUCUGUGGGCUACAACAACUCUGGUUUUGUGUUUGGAGGCUACACCAAACAACCUUUUAGUCAGUCUGGACAGUACAUGAAUGAUGAUCAGGCUUUUCUUUUCACAUUUAAUGCUGAAAACCUCAUCAAAUAUCCAGUUGCUAGUACUGCACAUGCAGUGAGAAUGAUGGCUCACAAUGGGCCUUAUUUUGGAGAAGCACUGGUUCUUCUCAAUGGAAGCCAAGCAGUAGCACACACCAAUCCAGGAAAGUAUUACAACUUCCCUGCUGCAGAGAUGCAUGGCAAUGAUCUCAACCUAACUGAGUGUGAAGUCUACCAAGUGGAGGAAAGCACUGAACUUGAGAGGCCAUGGAGGACUGUAACCUGGGAAUCUAAGAAGAGGACGGAGCUGACUGAGAGCAUUAAAAGCUACAAACCCACAGUCAGCUCUGUGACCCAGCCUCGGGUUUUGCUCAUUGGACCAGUUGGAGCUGGAAAGUCCAGCUUCUUUAACUCUGUCAACUCUGUAUUCAGAGGCCACGUCACCAGCCAGGCCAUAUCUGGCUCCUCCUCCACCAGCCUCACCACACAGUUUCGCACCUACUCUGUGAAAGCUGGCCGUGAAGGGAAACCUCUGCCAAUAAUCUUGUGUGAUACCAUGGGACUGGAGGAGACCAAAGGGGCGGGGCUUGACAUCGAUGACCUCGGCAGCAUCCUCAAAGGUCACCUGCCAGACUGUUAUCAGUUCAACCCUUCAGCUCCUCUGCAUCCUGAGGCCCACGGCUAUCGCACAUCUCCUGGACUCAAGGAUAAGAUCCACUGUGUGGCCUAUGUUAUUGAUGCUUCCAAGGUCUCCAUCAUGCCCACAGGGCUGGAGGAGAAGCUGGAUGCUAUCCGCAGAAAGGUCAACCUAAUAGGUAUUCCUCAGCUGGUCCUCCUCACUAAAGUAGAUGAAGCCUGCCCACUGGUGAAAGAGGAUGUGAGAAACGUUUAUAAGAGUGGCUACAUUAAAGAUGUGAUGCAGGAGGUCGGCUCUCGGCUCGGUGUGCCGUUGUCCUGUGUUGUUCCGGUGAAGAACUACAGCGAGGAGUUGGAGUUGGACAUGAAUUGUGACAUCCUGUUGCUCAGCGCCGUCAUCCAGAUGCUUCGCUUUGUUGAUAAUUACUUUGAUGAGCUCAGUGACCGAAUGAGCAACAUGCAAACCAAAGACUAGGAGAAGACUGAGGAGAUGAUGUAAUAUUCUGAGCAGCUUUCCUUUCAAAUGAUUCAAUCAUGUACCUGCAGGUGAUCCUACUGAGUACUAGUUCCCUUUGUUAACUGGGGUACUUGAAGGGCAGAAAUUAGAAGCUAAACUACAAAUUUGAAAGCUUCUUAUAUUGUGGUUAUUGGGAGAUAUAGUAUCUGUACUUUGUCUGGGGAUAUCCAGUUUCUCCCUUCAAAAGUUUGUUGAACUGGUUCUUAAUUUUAAUUGAGCUCAGCAACAGACAAUAAUGACAUUAAAGGUCAUCAGUCUCAAGAUAAUAAAUUAUUUUGAACAUUGUUAUUACCUCUUUUUCUCUCUUUUUUUCUUUUUCUUUUUUCUUUUUUCUUUCUCAACAGGUGAUCCAGGUGAUUGAUAUAUGUAUUUUUUGUCUGCUUAUU